AUGGAUACCCGGUCGUCAGCUGCAUGGCGUGAGCUGAUAUCAGCUAGAGGAGUCAUGGACAAGGAAUUCCGCUUGUCCUCUACUUGUCUGUUGCUACAAAAGGCUAAAAAACGACACCCGCGUCCCGGAUGGAGCGGGCCGGAUCGCAAGGCGGCUGCGGUCUUGAAAGCUUCGGACGCCUUCCGCAACAACGAACCCUCCGAGCUUGAUGAACAAGAACCUUGCUUCGUCUCUUCUAUCUUGUGUGAAUCGGCGGACAAGAGCAUCAUGGCAGAGCUUAGCUUGAUCCACGAGCGGCCCUGCUGCCGGCGUUAUCUCACCCUCCACCGGCAUUAUCGUGAUGGUGACUAUGCGUGCAGCUGGUCCGCGGAGACGGCUUCCCCUUUGGCCGCACACACGUCGAGAUUGUUGCGGAGAGGCACGAAGCAUAUCGACGCUGGGAUUCGUCCGUCUCGCCCGCAAGAGUGCUUCUUGAUGCUAUGUACGCAUGUACUACUUAUAGCAGCGGCUGGGUUAAGAGGUCCCCAUCGAGGAAACACAAAACUGCCGAAAUGGUCGACAUGCGUCACGGCUAGGGUUUGGGGAGAAGAGCCUGUGCUUCCGCGACGCUUGAGCUGGCCUAAUGAGACGGCCUCAACAGCAAAGAUGACCGCCCCGUCACGCCAGGCUACCCCGUAUCUGGGCCGCCAGCCAUCAGAUAUGGAGGCAGAUCAUCGUGGUGCGGAGCAUCGUGUCCCGCCAUGGAGCCUCGGACGUGGACGUCGUCUUGGACGUGGACAUGCUCAAGACGACGACGACGACGACGACGACGACAAGACAAGACAAGACAAUGGAGCCCGGCAGCAGCGCAGGAAGAGCCCAGAAUAG